UACACAUCAGCCAGAGGUGGCCCGUGGUCCAUGGGCACAGGACAGCGGCGACAAGCAGCUCCAAGGAGCCAGAUUCUUGACACGUGACAGAGUAUAAAGCAGACGGUUGGGCGAGGCUGGGGCCAGACACCAUGGGCUCUCAGUCGGGGGCGACGCCUUUCACCAGGGAGCAGUGGGCCGUGCUCUGCGUCAUAGGCAGCGUCCACUUUGGGUGCGCGAUCUGCGUGUCCUUGCAGGCGCCCUUCUACCCCGCCGAGGCAGAGCGGAAAGGCGUUUCGGCCAGUGAGUAUGGGCUGGUCUUCGGCAUCUUCGAGCUGGUCUCUUUCCUAAGCUGCCCGAUUCUUGGGAAAUACCUGGACUUCAUUGGACCUAAAUUCAUGCUGAACUCAGGAAUCUUCAUUGCGUCAACAUGUUCCAUCCUUUUUGGGCUACUAGACCUGGUCACAGGGCACAUAGACUUCAUCACUCUGUCAUUCACUAUUCGCAUUGUGGAGGCACUGGGAACUUCAGCUGCUACAACUGCUGCAUUUGCCAUCACAGCGUCCGUAUUCCCAGACUCAGUGGCCACUACCUUCGCUGCGCUGGAAACAUUCUAUGGUCUGGGCUACAUCGUAGGACCCAUGAUUGGUGGAAUGCUGUUUUCACUAGGCGGCUACAUUCUCCCAUUUGUUUCAAUGGGAACAUUUCUAAUGCUUGAUGCGAUAUUUAUAUAUUUUAUCCUGCCCCCUUUGGGAAAUGAACCAGGACAGCUGAGACCAGAAGUGAAGCUGCUCGCCAUGUUCAAAAUUCCUGAUGUGGGACUGGAUUCAUUCUGCAUAGCAGCAACUGCUGUCAGUAUGGGCUUCUACUCAGCUACGCUGGAGCCCCACCUCCGAAAGUUCUGUCUUACGCCGGUCGUCACAGGGGUCAUGUUCGUUAUCAGUGGUACGCUGUACGCAGUGUCCGCACCGCUCGUGGGCCGCCUCUGUGACCUCGAAGUGCAGCCCAAGAAGGUGAUGGUGGCCGGAAGUGUGUGCAUCGUAACCAGCUACUUCCUGGUGGGCCCCUUGCCGGGGCUGCCUCUCCCAACGACCAUGUGGAUGUGUGUACUCGGCCUCAUCGUCCACGGCAUCGGCACGGCCUCCAUAUUAGUACCAUGCUUCAUUGACAUCAUCAGAUCCUCUGUGGCCAGUGGCUUUCCUGACGACAUGACCACAUACGGGAUGGUGGCGGGGCUGUGGGCCUCGUUCUUCUCGCUCGGAGCCUUCGUGGGGCCCUCAGUUGGGGGUGUGCUGUAUGACACGAUUGGAUUCCGGAGUGGAACCCUGUUUCCCGUGGGCAUGCACCUCCUGGUGUUCGUGUCUGUCACGUGUUUUGUAUGUCUCUACAACGGACCUGGACCCGCGGUCCCUGUGCCCGUCGCGAACCCUGGGGAUGCCGAGUGCUGCAUCCAGAGAGGACGCAACCUGCCGCAAGACAUUCCUCCCCUUCUCCCCUCGAAGUGCUCAGACUCCAUCACCACAGGGUACGGCAGUUUCGGGACCCCUGUUCCCUUCCUGACUGCCAUCUCCUGACGUCGUAACAUGGCGCCGGCGCGUCCGGAGUGAAGCCAAAUAUGCUGCAGAGUGACUCGCCGAUAAUUCACGCCAUCUUGGUGUAAACUGUGACCGUGGUGACGGAUGGUGCGCAUAGGCGCGCGUAGCUGGAAGGAUGGUCACGUGGUGAGGGACAGACUAGUCAGCUCUAGCCUUUAACACUGCUGCUGUACGUUUUAUGUGACGAUCCUCAAAACGUAACACGUUUUCAGUCAGAAUAAAGUAUUUUAGCAUUUUCUUUGUGUUACUCAAGUUAUAGAACUUGUGCGGUCACGCAUGGAACAGAUUUUGCACACGCGCUUGGUGUUUGUUGUGUUACCUCAGUGGCCUGGAUAUCUCUAAUGAAUGGGACGAUAUAUUUAGACAUUAAUAUUGUUUUUCGCAGUGUAUUUUGGUACGUGGGUAUCGACGUUUCGAAGGAUCAUAGUUCCUCCAUCUUCAGUGUGCCAAACAUAUCUUAUAAGUUUUUGCCAUACUGGAAACGGGAAAUACAUACACAAUUUUAAUUAUAAAUAAUGAAGAUAAAACAUCACUUGGAUGAUCUAAAUAUAGAUGGGAAGGGAACACAGAGACGAAUCUUAAAGAAAGAAUAUGAUUUUUCUGAGUGGAGCCAUGUGGCUCUAGAUAGGGCCAAGUGGCGGGCACAUGUGUACAUGUCAGUGUGCCUUCAGGCUUCAUAAAGGUGGAGAUUCUUUGUCAGCAGCAGAAUGGCUGCAAGUUCUUCAAGUGGGACUCCACUUCAGCAAAAUAGUUACUGAAAUUCACAGCUAAUAUUUAAAUCACGUUAGGAUGAAAAAAGAAAUACAAAAGGCAGAGAAAUUAGGCAGGUGAACAUCGCUGUGCAUCGCAGUAUUGCUGUAGGCCGAAACAAGUGAACAGUAUCUCCAUGCCCACUAACCCGCCCAGUCAGGCGUAUACAUGUAUACAGUUACAACUGGUUUCGACUCUUUCUGGCCAUCGUCAGGUGAUAUAUUUGUGCAUUCUCAUUUUUACUCUGACUGCUCUUUCUUGCUGCACUUGUCAGUGUAUUGCAUAUGGGAGCAGUUGUGUACUGUUACUGCCUGCAUAACCUCUGUACACAUCUACUGAGCACUUCUGUCUCUUGUAUACACUAAAUUUAUUAUGAUCACUUG